CGCCAGCGAGACCGCGUGAUGCGUGGCAGUCUUGGACAUUCCCUCGCUGCUGCGGAACGGGACCAGGGGACAUAUAACCGACCAGCCUCUCUACAGGCAGGCGCUCCACUCACCCAUUCUCCAUGUCGAAUAUUGAACUCAAGGACCGUGCGCCAUCGUACAGCGGAUCAUCGCGGUCGCGAGGCAAAGCUGUGGAUCAUGGAGAGCAGGAUGUGGGCUAUGGGCCGAAUGACGCAGGCGGCGCAGCUCACAUCACAGGCUCGGCCGUCAAGCAACCUCAUCUCAUCAAGGUACAGCCCUUGAAGCGGGAGGAAAUGCAGCCUUCGUAUGCCCAAGAUCUUGGAACUGGAGAGGUUGUUCACGGCGCGUACGGAUCUUUCUUGCAAGCAGUCGGCACCAUUUUUGGUAUCUGUGGGAUGGUCCCCUGCUGUCCCGUUUCGAACCCUUUCCGCUCAGUGGAACAAGGAUCUGUUGGUCUUGUCUCCCGCUUCGGCCAAUUCUACAAAUCUGUUGAUCCCGGCUUGGUGCAAGUGAAUAUCUGCACUGAGUCUCUCAAGAUAGUCGAUGUCAAGAUUCAGAUCAUUCCUAUCGGCCGUCAGAGUGUGAUUACUCGCGACAAUGUCAACGUGGAGAUUGACUCGGUUAUCUACUACCAGAUCAACAACCCGUAUCGGUCUGCUUUUGGGAUCACGGACUUACGCAAAGCCUUGGUAGAGCGGGCCCAGACUACACUGCGGCAGGUUGUUGGGGCUCGCGCGGUUCAGUCGGUCGUAACCGAGCGAGACCAGAUCGCUUUCGAGAUUGGCGAAAUAGUGGCGGACGUCGCAGACAAUUGGGGAGUUGCCAUCGAGGGCAUUCUGAUCAAGGAUAUCAUCUUCGGAGCAGACGUCGCCGCGAGCUUGAGCAGUGCGGCGCAGCAGAAGCGCUUGGGCGAGAGCAAAGUCAUCGCAGCCCGGGCCGAGGUUGAAGCAGCGAAACUAAUGAGACAGGCGGCAGAUAUUCUGGCCAGUCCCGCUGCGAUGCAGAUCCGGCAGCUCGAAGCAUGUGGGUUUUUAUAUCUGUCGAGACCGACACGUGGCUCUGACAUUCGUCACUUCCAGUGCAAGCAAUGGCGAAAACAGCCCAGAGCAAGACUAUUUUCGUUCCCAUGCAGCUUCAGUCCGACAUCGGCCCUCAGCUGACUGCUGUGGAGGGACCCGCCGCUCGUAGCGACGCUGGUGGGGAGGUCGCCUGACGAUGCGGCGACCGAGUUUCAGACUGCGGGAGAUCAUUUUAUCGCAACUAGUUCAUGUUCUUAGCCAUUUUUUCUUACGCUACCCUUGUGUGCCUGAUUCGGCGAUUUUCCGCUUACCAUUGUCGACGUUCUGUCAGAACCUACUACAUAAUUUGCUUCCGGUUCAACUUGAACUUAUUUUAACGAGUCUGUGCGGAUCAACAUGAUCUUCGACUUUGCUCGGAUCUCAACCAUAUGGUUUCGGGAAGCGACGGACGGGGAGUGCUUCUAUGCUCUCGGUUUUGUUUUGAUGCAGGUGCUGACGGCCGGACUGCGUUCCAUCGGACUCCAUCCCGGUCGUGUCAUCGUUGUUACACGACAAUUUAGAUCGGCAAA